UCCAGCCUCCACCACACACUGCUUCCACUCAGAGUCAACCAUGUCGCAACAACUAAACCAACCCAAGCCCUUCACCAUGACCACCAUGACAUCCAUGUCAAACCAGUGGAGCUCAGGCAUCUGCGAUUGCUUCCAGGACGUGAAUAUGUGCUGUUUCGCCUUUUGGUGCCUUCCAUGCUUCACGUGUAAAACGUCAGUGGAUGCCGGAGAGUGUCUCUGCCUCCCGCUGCUGGACGCUUUUGGGAUCAUCCCGCCGAUGACCACCGCCCUCAGGGUGUCCGUACGCCAGCGUUACAACAUUGAGGGUACGGUCUGCAACGACUGCGUGUACAGUUGCUGCUGCGGGCCGUGCACGUGGUGCCAGAUAGCCAGAGAGAUGCAAGUCAGAAGUAACCCCAUUACAUUUGUCAACAUGGCCUCCUGAAGACCUUUAUCCCUGCGUUAUCGCUGGAGCCAACAGCAUCAGUUUUGACUUUGUGUCCACUUCCCUCAGCUGAAGAUAUCUGAGAUCUCCAGUCUUGGAAUGUCACAGAGCAGCUGAUAAAUGUUUGGGACAAAUGUGCCGUCAUAGAAUGGCACGAGAGGUUUGACCUCAGUGACAUGUUAUUAUAAAAAUUUUACACUACAUCAGGGGUGUCCGUGUCUUAGAAGUCUUUUUAUGGCCUGCAUACAAUUAAACAAGAAAAAUACAAAACAAACAAAAAAAUGGAAAAAUUAGAAAAAU